GUAAUAUUAAGCUAAUUUUUGAAGCAUCAAAAAACCCAUUUUGUAAUAUUAUUCACCCAAAAAAACAGAGGCAAAAAUUACACAAAAAUAAAGCUUAUGGCUUCUGUGUGUGCUUCUUCAGCCACAACAGCUGUUUGUGCUUCUUCUCCCAGUGCACAGAAGAAAGGACAUGUAUUGGGAGCAACAAGAGCAUCAUUCCUAGGAGGAAAGAAGUUGAGAGAGACCAAAUUCAGGGCUCCUCUUUCAUCAAAGUCCUUUAGUGUCUCAGCUGCAGCAGCUGACCCAGAUAGGCCUAUUUGGUUCCCUGGCAGCACCCCUCCACCAUGGCUUGAUGGCAGCCUUCCAGGAGACUUUGGCUUUGAUCCUCUUGGAUUUGGUUCCGACCCAGAGACUUUGAAAUGGAUGGUACAAUCAGAAAUAGUACAUUGUAGAUGGGCUAUGUUAGGAGCAGCUGGAAUUUUCAUUCCAGAAUUCCUAACCAAAAUUGGCAUCUUAAACACACCUUCUUGGUACACUGCUGGUGAACUUGAGUACUUCACAGACACCACCACCCUUUUCGUUAUCGAAAUGGUUUUGAUUGGUUGGGCCGAGGGCCGUAGAUGGGCCGACAUCAUCAAACCCGGUUGUGUCAACACUGACCCAAUCUUCCCCAACAACAAGCUCACCGGUACCGAUGUUGGAUACCCGGGCGGGCUUUGGUUUGACCCAUUGGGUUGGGGUUCGGGCUCGCCUCAAAAGGUUAAGGAGUUGAGGACUAAGGAGAUUAAGAAUGGAAGGUUGGCUAUGUUGGCUGUUAUGGGUGCUUGGUUCCAACACAUUUACACUGGGACUGGCCCAAUUGAUAACCUCUUUGCCCAUCUUGCUGAUCCUGGCCAUGCCACAAUUUUUGCUGCUUUUACCCCCAAGUGAAGAGAGCAAAGGAUAAAGAAAGAGAUGUUGGUUGUUCUAGGAGGAAUGAGAAAGGGGUAAAAGGGUCAUUGCUGGAAAGUAAGAGCAAAUCAGCAGAUCUUAAGUUGGUUAUUUAGUUUGCACCUACAAAUUGUUGGAGCUUUGUACAAAUACCUCUUGGAUUUAAUUAGUACAUAACUAUGAAUUAUAUCAUCUAAUCUUAGAUUUACUCACAUAAAUCGUCCAAUUUUCAGAUAUCGAUGGUGUGAUUAGUGUGAGUGUCAAUGUGUCAUAUGCUUGAUAUAAAAGUACAUGAAUGAACUAAUGCAUAAUCCAAGUUGCAACUAUUUUUUUUCUUA